AUGGAUUUCCGUAGUGAUGUUGAACUAAUGACAUCAUCACUCAAGCUGCUAUUAGGCGAAGAAAAUGUUAGACCUUAUUACGGAAAAGGGAUGACUCACGAUGUAAAGAAGAAGACUGACUCUGCCUUCAGAGGAAAAGGGUUUCAAGUUUUGGUAGCCACUGAGUCCUAUGAGGUUGGCACACAUAGUCCACAUGUGGACAAUAUUUUCAGGGUGGGUUGCAUGCGUAACCUUAGUGUUAUGAUCCAAGAAUUUGGCAGAGCUGGAAGAAGUGGUAACAACGCUGAUGGUUUUCUUCUAAUCAAUGAGACAAAGGACGACCAAAGAUUAGCUUUCUCGACCAAAAACUGUUCAAAAAGUGAAGAAGAACAGAUAAAAGCACAACUAAUUCAAUCAUGGCGCUGGGUCUACUCUAUAUACUGCGGGCGAUGUAUGAGAGAGGAAAUAAUCAGUAAGUUUGGAGAAGGUCAGCUGGAGUUGCAGUGUGUAGACGAGUGUUGUUCCAGUUGUGAUAUCAAAGAUAAAAGAGAUUUCAACGCAAAGGAAGCGAUAAGGCUUCUACUUCAGGCAGUUUUAGACCUUGGACUAAUACGGGCUUAUAAGGAAGGGGUAAAAGAGGAAGUACUGAUUGGAUGGUUAAGAGCGAGCAAGAAAGAUACAUUCCCUCUACCCGAAAUGCAGAAAAUCAUGGAGGAAACGCAGACAUAUUCCGCUGGUACGAAGACUUUUGAAGGUAGAAGUUCCCAAGGGUGGUGGUCAAGGGUUCUGAGACAAGCUAUUAAUUUACAGUUGAUUGACAUAAAAUAUAACAUAAUAAGGUGCACGUCAUUCACAAGAGUAUGGAGGCAGUACAAAGUUUCCGAGAAAGGGAAGCAAUUUCUUGAUUCUCCUUAUGAUAUCCUGGUUCUGGAUCCAAUAAACGAUCCCUUCGAUCAAAAAACAAAACAAAAGGAGGUAGUCACAAGAGCAAGGACUCGAAGAGGACAUCAUCAUUUGCCGAAAAUAAAGGAUUGCCUGAAGAAUUCAGUAAAUUGGAUUGAAUUAACGCUUAAGGACCAGUAUGAAUUCCCAGGAUUUGACACAUCCUCAGCGACGUCGCAACCAAACUUUAUUUUCGUUAAAGAUUAUAGAAAGUUAAGUUUCGCUCCCAGUACUCAAUCUCAUUUUAUUUGGGAUGAUAAUCAGCUGUCAAAACGAAGCACACAAACAGCCAAGCACAAUAUAGUUAUAGAUGGUGUGGAUACCUCAUUGAAUGUGAGAAGAGGGCCUUGUGAAGGUGUGAAGAAGUGUACUGGUCCUGACUGUUCCUAUGUUGUCUCUAACAGACAAAAGGUCAAUCGAUGUGUACACCACAGAGACAGUCAUUCUCUUGUUUCCACUGGACUGUGUCCUGCACAUAUGGUUUACAUAUGGCCAUCCCUUGACGAUGGAAGGCGAUGGAUUGGGGUUGUGCCAGGCACGCAACAUAAUCACUCAAAACCAGCACCACACAUCCUGUCGAGCAAAGUUAAAGAGGACAUCAGGAAAGUGGUAUCUGAUGAUAGUACUAAAAGUACCAAAGAUAUCAUGAAGGGAUUUGGAAUUGGUUACGUCCCCGCUGAAGCCAGUUCACCUGCAGCUAACGCUGACCGUGUGAGGAGAGAGAGGAAAAUGGCGCUUGGAAAAUGGAUGUCUUUUCAUAAAGAACUUCGUUUACUAGAUGAGAUACUUGGUUUUGAUAAAAUUAGGAAAAAAGUGGAAGGUAACCAGUUAUAUGAUGAAAGCACGAACAUAAGAGAAAAAGUCAACAAAAUGAUGGGACAGUAUCAGGUGGAAGGAUCUGAGUAUAUUUUUACGCCUGCCAGGAAGUACGCGUUUUUUAUGUCGCCAUUUCAAUCAACUCUUUUGAGUAGAGCAGAAGAUUUCUUCAUGGAUGUGACUUACACAGGCAACGACUUUUUUCCAUACCUUCUUAACAUCGUAACUUUCAACGAUCAAACGUGCGUGUAUAACGCGGUCGCAAGAGUACUGUGCAGUAGACAAGAUGGCGAGACUUAUGCCAAGUCUAUAACCACAAUUUUCGACAAGGUUUCACAUGAUCAUGCUCAUUUCUCAAACGGUGCAAAGUUAAAGUCUAUACUCGUGGAUUUCGACGAUGCACAAUACAAAGGACUGAAAGAAUGUCUCGGUGAAGAACUGGCCAAGAAAGUCAUCCGGGGGUGCAGUGUUCAUUGGCAACGAUCAGUGAAUAGAGUCUGUAAGUUGGUUUGCCAAAGCGAGGAUGAAACUCGAAUCUUCAAAAAUUUAGCCCGCAAAAUCGAAGAGGAACGAGAUAAAGAAAAUAUUUACCUAACUUUCGAUGUACUAUCGGGCUCCAGGAAACUGCAAGACGCUAAACAGUUGAUUGAGUGCGACCUGUGUUCUGAACUUGACAAGCUUGACAACCAUAAUUGGACAAAACUGAAGCACUGGAGAAAGUGGUGGUGUCGGUUGAAUCACCUAGCAAUGUUUACAAGGGCCUUUAAGGAAAUGGAAGAGAAAGAUUGGGAAGAAGGACCAUGUACGACCAAUCCAGUCGAGGCAUUGAACCGACAAUCACUGCAUGAAGGCUGUACCGUUCUUCAUACUUUAAUGAAAAACAUUUACCUGGAGGAUCGCCUGCAAGCGGUGAAAACAGCAGUUUGCGAAGAUAAUGUUACAACCUCUUAUAGGGCAUCACCUGGUAAACCAAAAAGUAAACGAAAGCCUACAAGCAUUGGGAAUUCAGGAGAUGAAGGUCCACCAGACAAGCGCCGCCAUAUAAUCAGUCAGAAAAGAAGGCCGAAUGGUAGAGCGUUAAUCAAUCGUGUCAUUGAAGUUGAAUAUGAUGAAAAGAACAAAUCAGGAAAGGUGACAAAGUACUGGGGAUGGUGCAAAGGACAAAUCGUGGCAUACCGGAAACAUGAAGGGUACUUGGUAAAAUUUGAGGAUAGAAUUGAAGAUGACGGAACAGUCGUUGCUGGGUGGUCGGAUUGGAUUGAAGACUUAAAUAGCAAGGAUGUACGUUUGUUAGAUCCGUAA